AUGAGCACCUAUCAAGCUACGGUAUCUGCGCCAGUGAACAUUGCCUGCAUCAAGUACUGGGGCAAGAGAGAUACAAAGCUGAUCUUGCCGACAAAUUCGUCGCUCUCUGUCACGCUUGACCAGGAUCAUUUACGGUCGACAACGUCGGCACGGUGUGAUCCGGGAUUCGAAAAGGAUGCACUCUGGCUGAACGGCAAGGAAGACGAGAUCAAACCCGGUGGACGUCUUGCUACGUGCAUCACAGAGAUGAAGAAGCUGCGAAAGGAAUACGAGGACCAGAAUCCGAAUGAACCCAAGAUCUCUGGGUACAAUGUGCGAAUUGCAUCAGAGAACAACUUUCCUACAGCGGCGGGACUAGCAUCGUCUGCAUCUGGCUUUGCCGCACUCGUCUACGCGCUAGCUACGCUCUACAAGCUCCCGUCAUCGCCCAGCCAGUUGUCUCUGAUCGCGCGACAAGGCUCUGGGUCUGCAUGCCGCUCACUCUUUGGCGGGUUUGUUGCAUGGGAGAUGGGCACCUCUGUCACUGGAACCGACUCGUUUGCGGUCCAAGUCGCACCAGCCGAGCACUGGAGCGACAUGCACGCGCUUAUUUGUGUCGUCUCUGAUGCUAAAAAAGGUACAUCGUCCACCUCGGGCAUGCAACGUACCGUCGAAACGUCAGAGUUACUGCAGUGGAGGAUUAAAGAGGUGGUGCCAAAGAGGAUGAAGGAGAUGCAAAAGGCAAUCUUGGACAAGGAUUUCGAUACAUUUGCGACGAUUACGAUGCGCGAUUCGAAUCAGUUUCACGCCGUCGCACUCGACACGGACCCACCCAUCUUUUAUGAACGAUACGAGCCGGGCUAUCGUGGCCAUGGUUACAGAACUCAACCGCGACCCAACGCGGUGAUCUAUGCAAGAGAAAAGGACAUGAAGGAGAUUGUGAACAUGGUGUGUCACUACUUCCCGCUCCUCGCAUCCACACAACCCUACGAGGACCGGUUCAAGCUGUUUAGCGCUGGGGAAAAGGUCGGAGAGAUGCCGCUGCCGGCCGGGUUUAACGAGGGUGUAGCCAAGGUGGCAAAUGAUGCCGCGAGCUCAAUGCAGAUGCAGAUGCAGCAGCAGCCAAUGGCCCUGCAGCCUCUUCUAAAUAAUAACAAUGUGGUGGUGUUUGUUGCCGUGUCUGGACUGUGUGCAUACACCGUCUACACGAAUGGCAACUUGCAGAGCUUUAUCUAUGCCGUCUGCGGUGCCUAUGUCCUCCGGAUGCUCAUGCGCAAUCCAGAGCUCCUUCGACAGCUUCAAGAACAUGUCAAUACGCUCAUCGGCGGUCGUCGUGUGCCCGUAGCGCGUUCCAUUCCACCUCAGCAUCCUUCGACUGUCCACGCGCCUCUGCAAGAGAUGUAUCCUCAACCCGUCCCUCCACAGCCUCGUUUGGAUAUGAACUUUGUGGAUCAUCACCAGCAGAUGCUCAAUGGCGGCUAUCAGGCGCUCCCUCCCCGCCGUCCCUCUCAGUUUGACGAGCACGAACAGGGCCCUGUCACGCCCACACCAUCGUACAAUUCGGGUUACCAGCAGCCUCAGCAUCUUCACCAACGCUCCCAGUCCCGCCCUCUUCCGACUGUCGUCGAAGACUAUGCGUCUGUGCCGUCCAACGCCAUGCCACCCAGAACGCAUGCCCAGACGCCGAAUCUGUACGCACAGAUCAAUGCCGGUACGAAUCCCGCCGAGCUUGCAAAUCUCAGCCCUGCCGCCGCUGCCGCCGCGCGUGUAGCCGCUGCGGUCGCCGCGAUGCGUCCAGACUCGCGCAUGUCCGAUUUUGCACCUGCCAUUAGCAACCCGUACGGAUCUUACUCGCACUAUGAUGCUGGUACCAUUAAUGGCGAGCGCAUCGCCGGAGCCGCCCAGCCACUCCCGCCGUCGACCAUGGUCCAAGAGGCAAUCUCCCGUGCGGCUUCGACUCGUCCAGGAAGCUCGAUGGCUACUUCUCGUUCGAGUCCUCCUCGCGCAAACACGAUGCACACUCCCUCGCCCCUUCGUGCUCAGACCAUGGCUUCCCCCGUCUCGUCUUCGUCGAAUGGAGAAUACGUCCCAAAGCGCAAGCAUCGUAUGCCGACUAUUUCUGCCCGCGUCGGUGAAGCUGGAGCUCCUGGAACUGGCAUUGCACCGGCCCCCAACGCACCUUCGACCAACCCCCUCGUCAUGCUCACCCAGCAACAGAACAACGGAGUUUAUCACAGCUCGACAUUGAGCAGCGGAAGCAGCAACGGUAGUGGCAGUCAUUAUACUGAUUCGCCGCUCGUGACCUCGCCUUCGCCUCUGCCAGCGUCGAGCAGGCAAACUGGUGGCAACAAUGGGUACGAAUCCGAGUCCGACUCUUCCCACGCCUCUUCCUCUGAGAACCAUCGUCACGAGCGUUCAGAGUCGCUCGGGCUCCCUACGUACGAGAAGCAUGCAACCACUAUUGUCACUCUAGUCCCCAAGCGACCUGGCUACGUCCCGCAGAUCCAAGCGACGCUCAAGGCCUCUCGAACGGCCUGGCUUGCCCUCCCGGGAACAGUCUCGCACGAAGUCGGUCAGGACGAGUCUACUGGGGCCGUCGUGAUCGUCGAGACGUACGAGUCUGCCACCGCAAUGGACGAGUACGAAAAGAGCGCCGAGCGGGACGUCAUACUCGGCAAUCUCAAAAAGUUUGUCGACGAGGAAAAGACGACGGUUGUGCGUCUUCCCGGAAGCUCUGCUGCCACCAGGAUUGUUCGAUGA